AUCAACCUCCCACAGCCUGUGAAGCCCUCAGUGUGCCUCUGUCCUUUUCCACAAACAUGAAGCUCAAAUUCCCUGUGGUGGCCAUCGUCUUGGAGGUUGCCAUGAUUAUUUUAUUUGGAUACUUUGUCGAGUAUGAAACGGAGCAGAUCAAUCUCCAGCAACCCAACACCACCAACUCAACAAAAGUGGACAGAUUUCUUGAGUUACAUUCUCUGUUCCAAGAUGUACAUGUAAUGAUAUUUGUUGGGUUUGGCUUCCUCAUGACCUUCCUGAAAAAUUAUGGCUUCAGUAGUGUGGGCAUCAAUCUACUCAUUGCUGCUUUGGGCCUCCAAUGGGGCACUUUUAUGUGGGGGAUCGUGCACAACCAUGGACAGAGAAUUCACAUUGGAAUCAAAAACAUGAUAAAUGGAGACCUCAGUACAGCCACAGUCUUGAUUUCUUUUGGAGCUGUCCUGGGAAAAAUAAGUCCAACCCAAAUGCUGGCCAUGACAAUAUUAGAAAUUGCUGCCUUUGUUGGCAAUGAAUAUCUGGUUGGUGAGAUAUUUAAGGCCUCUGACAUCGGAGCAUCAAUGACCAUCCAUGCUUUUGGGGCAUACUUUGGCUUGGCGGUAGCAGGCAUCCUGUAUCAACCAAGCUUGAGAAAGGGGCACGAGAUGGAGAAGUCUGCGUACCACUCAGAUCUGUUUGCCAUGAUUGGAACUCUUUUCCUGUGGAUGUUUUGGCCCAGCUUUAAUUCAGUCACCGCUGAAACUGGAGAGAAACAGUACAUGGCCAUCGUAAAUACAUACUUCUCUCUUGUCGCCUGUGUGCUCACAGCCUAUGCAUUUUCCAGCCUUGUUGAAAAGAGAGGCAGGCUUGAUAUGGCUCACAUUCAGAAUGCAACCCUUGCUGGAGGAGUUGCUGUGGGCACCUGUGCGGACAUGAAGAUCCACCCGUAUGGUUCUAUGAUCAUUGGGAGCAUUGCAGGAAUUGUCUCUGUGUUUGGGUUCAAGUUCCUGACUCCAUUUUUUACCACUAAACUGAGGAUCCAUGAUACAUGUGGUGUUCAUAACCUGCAUGGCUUACCUGGUGUGGUAGGAGGCCUCGCAAGCAUUGUGGCGAUAGCCUUGGGAGCAUCUAAGACGUCUACCAUGGCCAUGCAGGCAGCUGCUCUAGGUUCUUCCAUCGGAACGGCAGUUGUUGGAGGGCUGAUCACAGGUUAA